UUUCCCGCGGAUUUAGUUUCAGCGUACGUAGCAACCAAAAUGUAGGUUAUAAUGUGUAUGCCAAGUUCAUUAGUCUAGCUCUUAUAUUCGGUAUAUUUAGCGUGUAGUGAAUACAUUUAGUUUGGUAGUGGUAUGAAGUGUAUAUUGAAGGUAGUGAAAAUCAAUUUUUACUUUUAUUAAUCAUUUUAUUGUGGAAUUCGACGGAAAAAAAUAAAAAAAAUGACAGAGGUGUCGCAGUCUAACCUUUACGUCCAAGAAAGAGUGCAGUCGUCUUAUUUUCCAACUUUGCCGCCAAACGCACCGAAAGCUACACUGUCAUAUCCUAGGGCUAUUUCAGCUGCCCCCUACACUGCCUUGAUGGGUGUCAUUGUUGAUGGCAGAAUUCCAGAAAGAUACCCAGUCACGCCAAGAUGCCGAGUACGCAGACAAGUGGGCCACACCAACCGCUGGCGUCUGCCAGAGUCCCUCGGCAGCGACUUGCUUGGCAGCUCCCAGGCCAUCAAGGCUGUCACCAUGCCGUAUAAUGACACCCUCGUUAAGAUCAUCACAGCGGAGAGUGCUCAGAUGAACCUUAACCUGGACGUGACCAAGCCGUACAAGUUCCGUCAGUCCCUGGACCGCCCAUUCACGGAGCCUGCCCGCCUUGAGAGAGGGAUCACCCGCGAUGAGAGCAAGCUAUCACGGGACCUGAAGUUCCAAGUACCUGCUUCAGCCCCUAUUGGGGGCCUCGGCCACAUGCCCCUGAGCCCAAUCAAGAAGGUCAUGCCCCGGAAGGCCCGACCUGUGACCCCCAAGGACAUCUUCCUGUAUCACUCAAAGAAGAGCAAGAAUAAUCUCGGCCCAGAUGUGGAAAAGUCCAUAAAAUAUGAUGUGCUACUGCGCUGCCUGGGUCUCGACUGGGAGCUCCAUCGGCCGUUCCUGCGCAAGUCCAAGACCCUGACCUCGCUCCUCCUUGGUGCAGACGACCCCAGGCCCCAACUCUACUACAAGAGUGCUGCCUCGGAGACCCUUGACAACUACAUCAAAAAGAGCAACUUCUACAGUAAUGAGUACCGUGAAAUGUCGAACCGUCUGAGCACCGUGGAAGGCCUGGAGAUUCAAGCGCCCCCUAUGGUUGACGGAGAGCGAGCCAUUGACCACCCGUCCCAUACAUCGGAGUCCCGCGUGAACAAUGUCACCUUGAUACAGAUUAACAUUGCCGACCCCUUCAUUACGAAGACAGGUGCUUGUGGUUAUCUUAUGUGUAAUUAUGGCAUUAUUACUUGUAACGGUAUCAAGCUUGCAUUUAGUGAACAACAUGGUAUAAACAUAGCUGUAUUUCUACAGUUGACUUCAAAAAUUACACAAAGUUUAACUUCAUUAUUUUGUUGUUAAGUGUGGCAUUAUAAU